UGGUGUUUUGCUCGCACUCGCGGGGAGCGGGGUUUAAAAGGCAGCGGCCGGGGGCAGGGGUUCAAAGGCGGGAGGCAGGGCCGCUCUGAGCGCGAGGGAGCGAGCGGACGGGACAGGACGGCAGGAGAGGAGCGGCGGGGGGGCACGCACGCCUUCCCGGCCCGGCGGCGAUGUCCAACGUGCACCUCUCCGGCACCGCCGCCCUGGAGCGCCUCUCGGCCCGGCGAGCCCUGGUCGGGCACGGCCGUAGCCCCGUCUGCAGGAGCCUCUUCGGGCCGGUGGACCACGAGGAGCUGGGCCGGGAGCUGCGGGAGCGCCUGCGGGAGAUGGGGGAGGACGACCAGCGGCGCUGGGACUACAACUUCCAAACCGACACGCCGCUGCCGGGGCCCGGCCGCCUGCGCUGGGAGGAGGUGGAGGCCGCCGCCGUGCCCGCUUUCUACCGGGAGACUCUGCAGGUGGGACGGUGCCGCGUCCCUCUCGUCCGGGCGCCCCCGUCCCCGCCGCCACCGCCCGCCGCCGGCAAGGGCCCCGGGGCCCGCCUGAGCCGGGAGAACCGCGCAGCGCCCCGCCGCCGCGGCAUGCGGCUCCGCCGGAGGGGCCCGACCGCCCGCAUCACAGAUUUCUUCGCGAGGAGAAAAAGGCCGGCGGAGCCCAAGGCGGCGGCGGAGCGCCCCAGCGGCUGCCCGCCGCCCCCCGCCGCCGUGCCGGCUGAGCAGACUCCCCGCAAGCGGCUCCGGUGAGCCAGACUUUUGCACUACUGCACCCACGGGAGAGGCGCGCCGCCGCGGGAGGCGCGACGCCCCGGAGGCAGACGCGGGGGGCCGGGGCGGGCGGCGCGGAGAGCCGGGACCCCCCCGCGCCCGCCCGGCCCGGCUGCGGGAGCCGGAGCGGAGCCGCAGCGCCGGCCGCGCACGGAGCAGUGUUAUCGUACAACAGUGCAAUGUAUGACGUUCUGUAUAGAAAUGUAUUAUGCCUAAUGUGAGUACACUGGCCAGAAGUGUAAAGCUUUAAAAGUCAUUUAUAAGAAAUGUUUAAUCUCUGCUGAGCUCUCAGUGCAAAAAAUGGAAAAAUUAAAAAAACAAGUGUAUAUUUGUACAAAACUUUUUUUAAGAGUUAUACUAACUUAUAUUUUCUAUUUAUGUCAGAAACUUUGUGGAUAACUUUGACAUCCAAUAGUCUUUUUUUUUCUUUUGGUUAAGCCAAAGGGCACUAUAUUUGCUUUUGUUAUUCACAAAAUGUAAAUUUAUUUUUAUAGUGGAAUUUUUUUUUUUUGCAUUCACAAGAUGUAGCUAUGAAUCAAAAUAUUUUUUAGACUUUACUUGAAGACAAAAUCUGUUUCAAUGGAGCCUGAGCCGGUCUGUACCACUGCCAUUGCAAAUAAUGCCACAACUUCAAUAUAAAAUUAAAUAAAAGGAAACGGCCGCAA